CGCGAUAUUCGGGGGCUGACUUUUUCCAGUAUAAGGCUGAGUCAACUUCUCUGAUCCAGACGUCACCAUGCCGUACAAAGGAGAGUGUGGCGACGAUGAGGACCCCAUGCCAUUCCUGAAGCCCACGGAUUCGGAGAAGCUGGAGUUCCAAGCCCGUCCCUUUGACAUCAAGAAAAACUGUUGGGUCAAAGAUGAGAAGGAGGGCUUCUUGCAGGCGCUGAUCCAGGAUGAUCACGGAGACAACACCGUGUCCGUCAAGUUUACCGUCAAUAAUGAGAUCGCCAAGGUGAAGAAGGACAUCGUGCAGGAGAUGAACCCUCCCAAGUUUGAGCAGAUAGAAGACAUGGCCAACCUCACCUUCCUCAACGAAGCCAGCGUUCUCAACAACCUCAAGGAGAGAUACGUCAAAAUGCGCAUCUACACCUACUCUGGGCUGUUCUGCGUCACCAUCAACCCGUACAAGUGGCUGCCCAUAUACGGGAGCAGAGUGGCCAAGAUGUACCGUGGGAAGAAGCGCAACGAGGUGCCACCUCACCUCUUCUCCAUCUCGGACAACGCUUACAGCGACAUGCUGAUAAAUAAAGCAAACCAGUCUAUGCUGAUUACCGGGGAAUCCGGUGCCGGCAAGACUGAGAACACGAAAAAGGUCAUCCAGUACUUUGCCAACAUCGGAGGAGGCACCAAACAGAUCGACCAGAGCAAGGGCUCCCUGGAGGAUCAAAUCAUCCAGGCCAACCCUGUGCUGGAGGCCUUUGGCAACGCCAAAACCACGAGAAACAACAAUUCAUCCCGAUUUGGAAAAUUCAUAAGAAUCCAUUUCGCCGUGUCUGGGAAACUUUCCGGAGCGGAUAUUGAAACAUAUCUGCUGGAAAAGUCGCGGGUAAUCUCACAGCAGCCUGCAGAACGAGGCUAUCACAUCUUCUAUCAACUCCUCUCAGGGAAAGUACCCAACCUCCUGGAGGAAAUCGGUCUGGUCAAUAACCCGAAGGAGUAUGCCUCCAUCUCCCAGGGCGUCACCUCUGUGGAAAACAUGGACGACGCCGAGGAAAUGAUGCUCACCGACGAAGCCUUUGAUGUGUUGGGCUUCACUCCGGAAGAAAAGAUGAGUCUGUACAAAUUGACAGGCGGCAUCAUGCACUUCGGCAACAUGAAGUUUCGCCAGAAGCCCCGAGAGGAGCAGGCGGAGGUCGAUGGCACAGAAGUGGCGGAUCGAGUAGCUUCCCUAGCAGGGAUUGACUCAAGCGAGCUGCAAAAGGGCAUCACGCGGCCCAAAGUGAAGGUUGGAAAUGAAUACGUGCAGAAGAACCAAAACAUGGAUCAGUGCAUGUCCUCGAUCGGUGCCUUGGCCAAAGCCAUCUAUGACAGAAUGUUCAAGUGGCUGGUGGCUCGCGUCAACAAAACCCUUGACACAACCAAGCCUCGGCAAUACUUUAUCGGCGUGCUGGACAUCGCUGGCUUUGAGAUCUUCGAGUUCAACAGCUUCGAGCAGCUGUGCAUCAACUUCACCAACGAGAAGUUGCAGCAGUUCUUCAACCACCACAUGUUCGUGCUGGAGCAAGAGGAGUACAAGAAGGAGGGCAUCAACUGGGUCUUCAUAGACUUCGGCCUCGAUCUCGCUGCCUGCAUUGACCUCCUGGAGAAGCCGAUGGGCAUCUUCUCCAUCCUGGAGGAGCAGUGCGUCUUCCCCAAGGCCACGGACGCCACCUUCAAGGCGGCCAUGUACGACAACCACCUGGGCAAGUCUGCGCCAUUCCAGAAGCCCAAGGCGGGCAAGAAGGCUGGGCAAGAGGCCACCUUCGAACUCGUCCACUACGCCGGCACGGUGGGCUACAACACGCAGGGGUGGCUUGAGAAGAACAAGGACCCGCUGAAUGAGACGGUGGUGAGCCUCUUCCAGAACUCCAGCAUGCCCCUGCUGUCAGUGCUCUUCAAGGAGGAGGAAGCAGCAGCCGGCGCCAAGCAGAAGCAGAAGAAAGGCUCAGCCUUCCAGACCGUAUCAGUUUUUUAUAGAGAGCAGCUGAACAAGCUCAUGGCGACCCUUCACAGCACCUCUCCUCACUUUGUCCGCUGCAUCGUCCCCAAUGAGUUCAAGAAAUCAGGCGUGGUGGACGCUCACCUCAUCCUGCACCAGCUGGCCUGCAACGGUGUGCUGGAGGGCAUCCGUAUCUGUCGCAAAGGCUUCCCCAACAGAACUCUCUACCCCGAGUUUGUGCAGCGUUACUCAAUCAUUAACCUACUUGCUGGAAAGACGGAGACUGAUCCUAAGGCCAUCACAGAGAAGGUUUUGAAAUCCACAAAUCUUGUGGAGGAUGAGUACAGGAUUGGCUUCACAAAGGUGUUUUUCAGGGCCGGCGUUCUCGGCAAACUGGAAGACUUCCGCGAUGACUGCAUCUGCCGCUUCAUCACCAAGCUGCAGGCCUCUUGCCGCGGCAAAGUUUUCCGCCGUGACUUCCAGAAGGUCCUGGACAAGAGGGAUGCCAUGGUGAUUAUUCAGUCCAACGUUCGAAGCUUCCUUCAGCUGCGUCACUGGCCCUGGUUCCGACUCUACACGAAGGUGAGACCGAUGUGCAUCCAAUUGAAGGAGGAAGAAGAACGCAAGAAGAAGGAGGAGGAGAUGAAGAGAGCCCUGCAGGACGCGGAGAAGAUGGUGGAGGAUCUAAAGGAGCUCACAGAGAGGGUGGCCACUUUGGAGACCGAGCGCAAUGCCCUGCAGGAGCAGCUCGACGCUGAGCGCGGAAAGAAGGGGGACGCCCAGGGCCGGGUGACCUCCCUGGACCGGCAGCGCAAGGAGCUGGAGGGCAGAGUGGCGGAGCUCAACGCGCGCCUCGAGGACGAGGAGAGGACGACGACCGAGCUGACCGGCAGGCGCCGCAGGCUCGAGAACGAGGUGCAGGACCUCAAGAUCGAGGUUGAGAGUCUGGAGGGCUCUGUGGCCAAACUUGAGAAGGAGAAGAAGGCUCUGGAGAACAAGGUUCGCACGCAGACCGAGGAGGUGAACCUGAGAGACGAGACGAUUGUGAAGCUCCAGAAGGAGAAGAAACAACUCGAGGAGGCCAAUCAGGCUACACUUGAUGACUUGCAGAUUGAGCAGGACAAGUUAGCACAUUUACAACGAUCCAACAACAAGAGUCAGAAUAAGAUUGCCGAGCUGGAAGAUCUCCUUGACCAGGAGAAGAAACUUCGAGUGGAGGUCGAGAAAGCCAAACGUAAGUUGGAGUCGGACCUCAGGUCUACCGUGGACUCUCUCAACGAGAUGGAGCGGCACAAGCUGGAGAUGGAGGAGGUCAUCAAGAAGAGAGAUUACGAGAUGAAUGCCAUGAACGCCCGGCUUGAGGAUGAGCAGAAUAUGUCCAUGAACUUGCAACGCAAGCUCAAGGAGCUGCAGACCCGGGUGGAGGAGCUCGAGGAGGAGCUGGAGGCCGAGCGGGCCAUCAGAGCAAAGGUUGAGAAGCAGAGGAAUGACCUCGCCAGGGAGCUGGAGGAGCUCACGGAACGUCUCGACGAAGCGGGGGGGGCCACAGCAGCCCAGAUCGAGCAGAACAAGAAGCGAGAGUCGGAGGUUCUCAAGCUGCGUCGGGAGAUGGAGGAGUCCUCCCUGCAGAUGGAGGCCACCAUGGCCGCCCUGCGCAAGAGGCAGGCCGAGUCCACGGUGGAAAUGACGGAGCAGCUGGACAGCCUGCAGCGCAUCAAGCUCAAGCUGGAGAAGGACAAGCAGAUGAUGAAGGUGGAGAUCGAUGACCUCGCCUCCAGCCUCGAGGCAUCUCAGAAGUACAAGGUGUCGGCCGAGAUGCACAUCCGCAAGCUGGAGGAUCACCUGAGCGAAUCCAGCUCGCACUGCGAGGACCUGCAGAAAACCCUCAACGAGGUCAACAACUUCAAAGUGAAGCUCUCAGCCGAAAACAGCGACAAUCUCCGGCGGCUGGAGGAGGGGGAGAACAAGAUCGCUCAGCUGAGCCGCACCAAGCUUUCGCUGUCCUCGCAGCUGGAGGAGACCAAGAGGUCGCUGGAUGAAGAAACGAAGGCGAAGGGCAUGGUGUCCCUGGGCAUGUCCAACGCCAAACACGACUGCGACCUCCUCCGCGAGCAGCUGGAGGAGGAACAGGAGAGCAAGGCCGAGCUCCACCGCGUCAUCUCGCGCCUCAACGGGGAGCUCACGCAGUGGCGCAGCAAGUACGAGUCGGACGCGCUCGGCCGUCUGGAGGAGCUUGAGGACACCAAGAAGAAGCUUGCCGCUCGGCUGCAGGAGUCCGAGGAGGCGGUGGAAGCCGCCCAAGCGAGGUGCGCAAGCCUGGACAAGGCCAAGCAGAAACUCCAGGGAGAGCUGGAAGACCUUACCCUCGACCUUGAGAAGGCCAAUAGCUCUGCAGCUUCCUUGGACAAGAAGCAGCGUUCGUUUGACAAGCAGCUGUCGGAAUGGCGGCAGAAGUACGAGGAGGUCCAGUCGGAGCUGGACUCGUCGCAGAAGGAGUGCAGGAACUACAGCAACGAGAUCUUCAAGCUGAGGACCUGCUAUGAGGAGGCAGUCGAACAGCUGGAGGCCUUCAAGAGAGAAAACAAGACCCUUCAAGAGGAGGUCACCGAUCUGACAGAGCAGCUGGGAGAGGGAGGAAAAAGCGCUCACGAGCUGCAGAAGGUGAAGAAGAAGUUGGAACUGGAGAAGGAAGAACUGCAGCUCUCCCUGGAAGAGGCGGAAGCAGCCCUGGAGUCGGAAGAGGGCAAGGUGGUGCGUAUCCAGCUGGAGCUGGCCCAGGUCAAGGCCGACAUCGACCGUCGCGUGCAGGAGAAGGAGGAUGAGUUCGAGGCCAUCAGGAAGAACCACCAGCGCAGCAUGGAGUCCAUGCAGAUGAGCUUGGAGGCCGAGGCCAAGGGGCGAGCCGAGGCCCUGAGGCACAAGAAGAAGAUGGAGAACGACCUCAACGAGGCGGAGCUGCAGCUGGACCACGCGAGCCGGACCAACGCGGAGGCCGGCAAGGUCGUCAAGAAGCUGCAGCAGCAGGUCAAGGACGCGCAGCUGCAGAUGGACGAGGACGGGCGCGAGCGGGAUGAGCUGCGUGAGCAGCAGAGCGUGGCCGAGCGGCGUCUCGCGCUCGUGCUCGCCGAGCUGGAGGAGCUGCGCGGGAACCUCGAGGUGUCGGAGCGCGCGCGCAAGAUCGUCGAGCAGGACCUGGCCGACCUGCGCGAGAGGCACUCGGAGGCCGACACGCAGAACCAGCACUUGAAUGGUCAACGUAAGAAGCUGGAGAACGAUUUGCAGCAUCUCACGAUGACCUAUGAGGAGAUGAUUUCUGAGUACCGGUCCACAGAUGAGAAGGCUAAAAAGGCCAUCAUCGAUGCUGCCCGCAUGGCGGAAGAGCUGAGGCAACAGCAGGACCACGGCACACACCUGGAGAAGAUCAAGAAAAACCUGGAGCAGACGGUGAAGGACCUCUCCGCCAAGCUGGACGAGGCUGACCAGAUCGCAAUGAAAGGCGGCAAGAAGAUCAUCCAGAAACUGGAGAUCAAGGUGCGCGAGCUGGAGAGCGAGCUCGACGCCGAGCAGAAACGGCACGCCGAGACCAUCAAGAGCCUGCGCAAGAACGAGCGGCGCAUGAAGGAGCUCAUCUUCCAAACGGACGAGGAUCAGAAGAACCAGGCGCGCAUGCAGGAGCUGGUGGAGAAGCUGCAGAGCAAGAUCAAGACCUACAAGCGGCAGCUUGAGCUCGUGGAGGAAGAGGCCAACACGAACCUGUCCAAGUACCGCAAGACCAUCCACGAGCUGGACGAGGCGGAGGAGCGAGCCGACAUCGCCGAGUCGGCGCUCGUCAAGAUCCGCACCAAGAACCGCGGCUCGGCCGCCAAGGGCUUCUCCAGCUCGGUAGACUACGCUGGGAAAGAUGCCGAUGACUAAAUGUCCGCCCCUUGCUGUCUCUUCUCUUGUCGUGCUUCAUUUCUGGGUUACAACUCGCCCCACCUCUCCAAUUCCAGGGCUCCCAGCUCCCUGGCGACAAUGGAUGAUGACUACAUGUGACCACAGUGCAACAGCAGCAGCAGUUGUGUUUUCUCUACCAUGCGGACAAAGGAAAGCUGUGCUUAUGUAUGUAUGUUGAACUUCUUUCGCGCCGUACGUAGCCAACCGUGCUAAUCUGAGGUGCGUGGAAAGACAACAAACUCGACACCAAAAAGCAGAAUAGAAAGAGCAUCACAGUGCUUAAUUUCUGCAUGAACAGCCCUGAACAACGCUCCCGGAAUUAAUUUGGCACACGCCACAUCCAUCGCGCUUAGUUUGUGCUCCAUAAUUUGCUCGUAGCGUCAUAGCAAAGAUCGGCCACAAUUAUAAAGGAUGGUCAUAGAUAGGCGGUGCCGUUCACUGCCAUGCCUGCUCUGAGACCAGUCGAACAGCGUUCCGUUAAAUAUCUAGUGAGAUGCUCUUUGGUUAUUUCGGUAAAGUCACGUAGGUAGAAAAUAAAUAGAUUACGGGGUUUCGAUCGCUGUGUUUGUCUCACCUGAUGACGGUUGCUUGUGUUGCAGAGAACUGCAGCAGUUCUGCUGUGUCACACCUGAUGACGAUUGCUCGUGUUGCGAUCGAAACUUCAUGAUCUAUUCAUUUUCUACCUACGUGACUUUACUGAAAGAACCAAAGAGUAUGGAUUUCUGCAGUCACGAAAGCUUCAAAUCAUGAUUGAGUGAGAUGUGACGACAAUGGUUUUUUUUUAUGUCCGAAGCAGUGUCUUUGUAUCAGAAGUUCCCCCUUUUCUUCCCCUCCCCCGCCAUCAUCACUGCCUUGUAAGCACGUGCUGGUUAUAUCAGAACUGGUUAAUGUUACCACAUUAGGUGGGCUUAUACUGUAUCCAGAGUCCACUGCGUCACUUCAGAUAGCCCCCCCUAAAACAGCUGUAGAGCACGAUUCAUUUCAACUGAACUGUUCAUUGUACUCACUCUGGAACAAUUUACACACUGCAAGCUUUGUUAUGUUUUUUUUACGACCAAGAAAGCGCCCCGUAAUAUGUUGUAAUCUAAGGGGCUAAACGCACGACACAGCACUCUCGCAAUAAAACAACAGCAGUGUGUUUAUUAAAAAAAAAAGUGCUAGUUGUGUAACCAAACACACAAACGUAUGUUUUCUACUAAAUAACAUAUUUAUAAGUGGCGGGGUUUCUCCACCCAAAAUGAAAACUGACCAUUGCUGCAAUAUAACUGCUCCACUGCCACCUUGGGGUAUAGCCACGUGUAAUUGGCCAAUUCGCAACAGUCACCUGAUGUAACUGAGUCUGUUAAAGAGUCGUCUUGUAACCCAGAAGUGUGUAAAUACAAAAUAGCUUCUAUGCAAUGUUACCAAUAUUAUUCAGAGGUGACAAAAUAAACAAGAGAACA